AUGGCCGAUAAAUACAACCAGCCUCCAUCCUACCCACAGCCUGCCCAGGGCCAGGCCAACGACUACUACCAGCAGCAGGGCCCUCCUCCCCAGCAGUACGGUCAGCCCUACGGCCAGCCUCAGCAGCAGUACUAUCCUCCACAGGGAGCCCCUCCCCAGCAGCCCAUGUACUACCAGCAGCAGCAGCAGCAGCCAGUGGACAACCGUGGCAGCGGCAGCGGUGGUCUCUGUGCCGGUCUCAUGGCCGGUCUGGCCUGCUGCUGCUGUCUUGACAUCCUCUGCUAG